UCAGUGUUGAGGUCUCGUGAAGUACUAUGCUCCGUCUCCUCAACUACGUACAGGCUGCACCAUCGCCGUUCAUUUCAUAUCAACUACCAAAAGGGUUAAACGUCUUCUUUGGAUGUAUCGAGGAGCACAACGCUCCUUUUCAAGCAACAGGGAGUGGAUAUUUAGUUCAUGAAGAAAAUCCCUGCGUUUAACAAACAGCUGCAACGAAAAUCAGCGUCUCAAGAGUCAGAUCCAAAAACGUGGAGAAACUAUGGAUCGGUAGUAUGAACUCAACCGACUCAGGAAGAGAGACGCGGUCUAUCACUCCGACCUCGUUUCGGCGCUUUUUCUGUGGAAUAAAAGUACACUGACACCAAGGAAUCUACACCUUACCUACUACCAGAAUUCUAUCAGUUUCCCUGUACCGCUGCUAGGGAUGGCCGGGCCAGCUCCGUUUCCUCUGAUUUUGGUGUUGACUUUGUUUGGAGAUGUUUGGAGUGCGUCCUAUCCUCAACGCUACAAUCUUUACGCGAAUUCCCAGUCACAGACGCAGACCCCGAACGGGGCUCGAGCAGCCAGCCGACACAGGAACUGGUGUGCGUAUGUGGUGACCAAGACGGUGAGCUGUGUGGUGGAGGACGGAGUGGAGACCUACGUGAAGCCGGACUAUCAGCCCUGCGCAUGGGGCCAGGUGCAGUGUUCACGAGUGGUCAUGUACCGGACAUACAUGCGGCCCCGGUACAAGGUGGCUUACAAAAUGGCCACUGAACUGGAGUGGAAGUGUUGCCAUGGUUACAGUGGCGACGACUGCAACGACGGGCCCCCUGGGGGUUCCGGAACUCAAAUUGGAACCGCGAGACCGUGGCCCAAACCGGUCCGGCCCGGGCAAAAUGGAGCCGGUACUGGACAGGGCCAGGGUGGUGGAGGUGGAAGAGGCGAUAGUGACAAGAUCCGGCAGCUAGAGGAGAAAAUUCAGAGCUUGACAAAAGACAUGCAUAGCAUCCAGUCAACGCUGCGGGGCAUGAAUGGGGCCAAGAAUCCCGCCGACGCUGCCCAACCGGAGAUGAAAGAGACCAUCCACAGCAUCCAGACCAAGCUGGACCAGUUGGACAACAGGACCCAGGCCCACGACAGGACGUUGGUCAGCAUCAACAACCACCUGGUCAACGGAAAGGGCAGCGGAAACGACCUGGAUGUGAUCAGUGGUGGUGGCGGCAGCGUUGGUGGUGGCGGCGGCGGUGGUGGUGGGAUUGGUGGCGGCCCCGCUGGUGGCGGCCGGCUGAACUCACUGAAGGAAGAGAUCCUGCGGGAGCUGGAGAGCAGGGUGACGCUGUCCUGCUCGGCCUGCCAGUCGGGCGUCGAGGACCUGAGGCGGCAGCAGCAGCUGGAUCGCGAGAGGAUCCGCGCCCUGGAGAAACGGAUGAAUGCCAUGGACCAGCACCACCAGCAGAGCCUGGAUGGCCUACGAAGAGAACUGACCCUAGGCAGGAUCGGCGACAUAGACAGGAAGGUAAUCUCGACCUCCGGCGCGGUGGACGCUAUUCAGGAUCGGCUGGACAAGGAGCUGAAAGGCACUGGUGGUACCGGGGCAACUUCAGGUGGGGGACGUUGGGGAGGGACAGGAGGAGGGACAGGGGGUGGGGCAGGAUCAGGGGGAUCUUCAGGUUCCGGUGACCUAUCUUUCAUAGGUCCAAUGCGAGACCUUGAGAGAAGACUGAACAAUUCACUGCAGAGGACAGAAGACAACUGUGCCAACAUAGAAAAUAACCUAAAGGACUCCUUCAGACAAGAGCUGAACGACCUCCGCGACAUUUUCCUUAACCGCUUCGACGACCAAGGCUUCCGGAUUUCAGAUGUGGAACUGGACGUGAAGGGCAACAAGAACGACUUGCAAGACUACAAGAAACGUCUGACUCGACUCGAGAAUGUGACCAACCACAUGGACAAGAGGCUGAAGGACUGCACGGUGUCCUGUAGACCUGGCUCAAGCCACAUACCUGGAGGAGGAGACAAUGGAGGGCGAGUGGACAACGGUGGACGAGGAGACAACGGUGGGCGAGGAGAUAACGGAGCGGACUCCUCUAAGUCUAUCGAGUGGAGAGUAAUCGCAAACGAGGCUGAGAUCAAGACCUUUAACACCCGUCUGAAGGACAUCACUAUGUCCGGAGAAUCGCUCAACGACAGGGUGGUCGACCUGAGCCACGACGUGCGCAAAAUCAAAGUGCUGACCGGAGACAACGGGGAACAUUUCAACAGGAUUGUCACCGAGCUGGAGAGCUGUGACAUCUGCCACAAAAUGGAGGACGAGCUGAAGAAGCUGAAGAACAUCACACACCACACACUGGCCAAGUGCAACACAGACCUACAGGACAUCAGGAACAGAAUCGACUCCGACGACACCGCCUGCUCUAAGGUGUGCUCCAACCUACAGGAAGAGGUGGGUAAGCUAAAAGAGGACGUGGCCAAAUGUGGUGGAUCAUGCAAGAUUGACCUUGUGCUCCCAGGAACAGGAACUGGACCAGGAACAGGAACUGGACCAGGAAGUGGGACAGGGUCAGGGACCGUAGGAGGUCCAAAUGACCCACAGAAACCGCUGGAUGGCCACAGCGUCAUCAGCGGCACAUCCAACACGAACCUGAAGUCGCUUCAGGGAGAGCUCUCUGAGGUCAUUCUGUCCUUCAGCUCCAUCAACGACACGCUGAAGGACCUCGAGCACACAGUGCAGAAGCACGACAGCGUCAUCACCGACCUGGGCAACACCAAGGACAAGAUCAUCUCCGAGAUUGACAAAAUCCAGCAGGAGAUCACCGAGCACAUCGAGGACAGCAAAGGACACUUUGACACAGUCGACAAGGAGAUCCAGCGCUUCGGGAACAACUUUGUGGUUGAGAUGGGCGACUGCAAGCGAACUGGAGACGACCUGGAGAAGAGGCUAUCCAAGUUGGAAGACGUGUGCGGCCGCUUCGACACUCUCUCCGACAACGUCCAGAAGAUCAAAGAGGGCCUCAACAAACAUGUCUCUGGGCUCUGGACCUGUGUGAACGGACUGAACACCACGGUGACUUCCCAUGAAGGGUUCAUCGACACCUUCCAAAACACACAUCUGGAUGACAUCCAUGGAAAGAUCAAGAGCCUCAACUCCUCAGUGCGCCAUGUUCUCAAAGAGUUCCAGGCCUUCACCGAGCUUGACUUUAUGGGUCUGCCAGGGCCGCCAGGCCCCCAGGGAGAAAGAGGCUUCAACGGAUUCCCCGGCCAGCCCGGGCCCAUGGGACCACCAGGGAGAGACGGACCACCAGGCCUGCCAGGGCUUCCAGGCUCAAUAGGACCUCCCGGAUCCCAAGGUGAACAAGGAAUGCCAGGGGCAGAUGCCAACGUUCCACGCCUGUCCUUCUCAGCUGCGCUCACCAAGCCCAUGGCCAACUCUGGCACUAUAGUCUUCGACAAAGUCUUUGUCAAUGAAGGACAGAGAUAUGAUCCACGCACUGGUGUGUUCACGGCUCCCUUAGACGGAAGAUACUUCUUCAGCGCCAUCCUGACCGGCCACAAGAACGUUAAGCUUGAGGCUGUCCUGUCCAAGUCCAAUUACGGCAUGGCACGUGUGGACUCCGCUGGCUACCAGCCCGAAGGCCUGGAGAACAAACCAGUGGCCGAUCUGAAGCCGACGCCCGGGGCCCUGGCCGUCUUCAACAUCAUCCUGCCUUUACAGAUGGGGGAUACAGUGUGUGUGGACCUGGUCAUGGGCAAGCUGGCCCAUUCGGUCGAGCCUCUGACCAUUUUUAGCGGCAUGCUUCUCUACGAAGACAUUUAGGAGUGGACGACCUGCAGUCGUAGCAGUGGACUCUGGGAUAGAUCUGGCCGGAUCAGUGUUGCCGGAUUAGCGCCACAACUGAGCCAGAACUGGCUCAGAUCCAUGUCAGAGUCUGCUUCUAUAUGAGAUGGCUAUGAUGAACACUGAGAGACUUCUUUCGGACUCACGGACAUUUGUGACGAUCAACGAAACGACGGGGCCAGAAAAUGACACUAAAAGAGAUGUUUUAAACCCUCUGGGGGGCUGAGACACACUUUGUGGACGCGCCGGCACUCCCAAUCUCAUUUUCAAUCCCGCUAAUAUGAACUAAACUGCUCAAAGGCAGAAUAUAAUGUUAAAAAACGAACAAGAAAACUUGCCCUUGAUAUUAACCAAGCCAAAAAUCAGAGAAGUUCUAUAACAGAUACUACUGCAGGAUUUAUUGUCAUGUUUUGUUAUCGCUGAUAAAAAUUUCUUGAUUUAUGUAAAUCACUUCCGACAUGGUUUAUGAAUACUCAUCUUCUAUGCGCCAAAGUUGACUGUGUGGUCAUAUCGACUUCCUGUACACCUUUCUCUUUGAUGUUCCCCUACCAAAGAAGCUCUACUCACAAUCUGAGUUCAAGAAUAAGCAGCUACUUGCUUAGCUUGGGGUUAAAACAGGGACGAAAAAUAAUUGUCUGUAUCUUGAUUUUGUUUGGUUUGGUUUGGUUUUGUUCUUAAAUGAAAGCAGUUCACAUUUGUGUGUCAAUGUUGUGAUUUCUGUGCACCUUUCUGCCUCCUGAGUCUGUUUUUGUAAGUAGUUUUGGCCCCGGCGUGACUGGGACUGUGCUGUUGUUGAUGUCAGUGAAGGCGCUGUAAUGGCCGCAGAUGUGCCUCAUUCGUUCCUGACACUCACCAACCUUCCAGAGGGGCCAGGGCCUUGAUUGCCGUACAGACUGCAGGGCUGCUGGGGGAGUUAGUGAUGCACGCCACCCCACUAAUGUCCAGUUCAGGGCCUUCAAAAGCUCCUAGUUUGGGAAGGGGAGAAAAUAACCCCUUAGAAGAGAGGGGAAAAAACGGAAGCAGGAGGAUUUGAUCUGGUCCCGUCGGGAGGACAGAGCUCGAAGAAACCUGGAUCCUCCUUUCUCCUUCCUCCCCUGACACAAACCCCCCACCCCCACCUCUCCACCCCCACCCCCACCCCCACCUCUCCACCCCUCAGGCACACGAUUCCUUGAACGGCAGCCAAAAGCAACAAGAAACUAGUCUAUGAUAAACACAGCUCUCCUGCCUUCUCGAGAAGGACCAAUUGCCGCUGUUAAUGGAGGUUCAUUGACGUGUUUACACGAGCCAAUAAAGAAGACAAUUAGAUUUUCCUGUAGGCGCUUGACCACCAGGACAGCGACACACACACACACACACACACACACACACACACACCUAAAAGAAAUAUAAUAAUCUCCCCUUCCCCCCUCUCUCCUACGGCCAAUGCGCCCAGGGUGAUUCAGAGAGCCCCUGGAGGUACUGAGUGAGUGAGCACUGCUUUGCAUUCACCAUAAAAGCCGGUUUAAAACAAGUCUGUGUAUCACACAAACACACACUCCUCUCCCUUUGCCACUAGUAGCAGUCAGUCCAGUUCCUCUUCAAACCACAACCCCAAGGAGGCCAAACUAUGCUAAGAGCACAUGACAACUCAUAUUUUCUAAUGAAUGCAGAUCUGAAGUAUUUUAUAGCAAUAUAGUUGAUUUUUUUUGUACAACAAAGGACAAAGCAAUGUUAUAAAACCUUUUUUUUCCUAAUGUUUAUAAUUAAGGCUGCUAACAUGAUGUUGUGUACCGUCUGUUUUUUGGUCAUACAUAAUUCUUCCUGGUUAGGAGGCAAUAAAUUCAGAGAACAGCAUAACACUUCAAGUAGAAACACAAUACUGAAAAAAUACUGGCGUUUUGUUCAGCGCACAGCCAAAGAGACACUUCCUGUUUCGGAGCCACUUUUCGUCAGUGCCUUCUCACGGUUUACCCUCUUACCUUGAAUGUGUAUGUUGGCAACACGUGUGGUUCAAAUAAAGAUAUUUAAUUUUA